UCCCAAAUUAUAGGUAAAGAAACAAUCACUGACUUCUAUUAGUUCUAUGCCAGAUCCCCCAAUUUAGGCCGAAGCUCAACACUCCCAUAGUAGCCUCAAUCUCUCACACGACCAACACGCACACCACAAAACCAUGGUCAUCGCCACCAAUAGCGGCGGCGAUGGAUGAUUAACGUCAUACUCCGACGCCCGAUGAAGUUGCCAGCUAAAAAAUGCUGUCCGGUCCCAGUGAGUGUACUACACUACCUGCGUAUUUCAGAGCUCUCCACCACCGAUUCUGAUCGCCAACCCCAACCCCAAUCGCCAUGGCCAGAUUUUGGACCGGUGGAAAUGUUAGAAGGGUUGCACAUUCCCUUCUUCCAAAUCAGAAGACUAGCUGCUUAGAAGUAAAUAGAUGUGGGGCACAUAAAACACUUGGGCCCCAUUACUCCCUAUGCAGAAAUUUCUCAAAGUCUGAAUUUUGUUUUAGAGGACCUUCUCCUUUUACAUUAUUUAAAGCAAAAGAGAGCCUGUUACACCUUAGAGGUUUCAGAAGCUUCUAUGGCCUUUUAGUGAAUAAGAUAAUUUCUCCCCAUGUGCAAAUUGCUUGGAAAAGGUUUUUUCAAAUAUGUUCCCACAGUAGCCCAGCUUUACCACCAAUAAAUCGGAUUGCCUGUGCAGUGAGCCUGGCUUUGACUCGAUCAAAUCUUCUUGCCCCUGGUGUUAUUGCUGUCAUAAUCGGGGAGCUUGCUUGGACACAACAAACAUGGGCAGAAGCAGAAUACUUGCCAACAAGGGAUACUUUGUAUACGCACGCGCAAGACGGACAUGUUUAUUUAACCUUGUUUGUGUAUUCAGUUCUGGAGGGCUUUAUCUUGUUUCUCAGAGCUCUCUAUUUAGCAAUUUUAUUCUCACCCUGCAUAGCUAUGGCUCCUUUUGCAGACUCCCUUGGUGUUGAGUUUCGGAAAAGAUGGCUUCAUGUUGUCCAUCAUACACUUGAAAAGGCAGGCCCAGCAUUCAUAAAAUGGGGUCAAUGGGCUGCAACAAGACCAGAUCUCUUCCCCCGAGAUUUGUGCAGUGAACUUGCAAGACUGCAUAGCAAUGCACCAGCACAUAGUUUUUCAGUCACCAAAAAAACCGUUGAAAGGGCAUUUGGUCGAAAGCUGCCUGAAAUCUUUGAAAAUUUUGAUCAGGAACCUGUGGCAUCUGGAAGUGUUGCUCAAGUUCAUCAAGCAACACUGAAAUAUAGAUAUCCUGGUCAACCGAUCAAGCCCGUUGUUGUUGCUGUUAAGGUUCGACAUCCAGGUGUUGGAGAAGCAAUUAGAAGGGAUUUUAUGAUCAUUAAUUUUGUGGCCAAAAUCUCCAUUUUCAUUCCUAAUCUGAAAUGGUUGAGAUUGGAUGAAAGCAUACAGCAAUUUGCUGUGUUCAUGAUGUCGCAGGUUGAUCUUUCAAGGGAAGCUGCUCAUUUGAAUCGUUUUAUAUACAAUUUCCGAAAAUGGAAGGACGUCUCAUUCCCAAGGCCUCUAUAUCCCCUGGUGCACCCAUCUGUACUAGUUGAAACUUAUGAACAAGGUGAAAGUGUUCUGCAUUAUGUUGAAGGGCUUAAAGGAAAUGAUCAAAUUAAAAGUGCCCUUGCUCACAUCGGAACCCAUACACUUUUAAAGAUGCUUUUGGUAGACAAUUUUGUUCAUGCAGACAUGCAUCCUGGAAAUAUACUAGUCCGAGUGGCACAUAGCAAACCACAACAUAAGCGGAUCUUUAGAUCGAAGCCUCAUGUCAUUCUCCUUGAUGUAGGAAUGACUGCUGAACUUUCUAAGAAAUAUCAAGUGAAUCUACUGGAAUUCUUUAAGGCUGUUGCCCUUCGAGAUGGUCGAACUGCUGCAGAGUGCACACUAAGAUUAUCUAAACAGCAAAACUGCCCAAAUCCAAGGGCGUUCAUUGAGGAAGUGGAAAAAUCUUUCAAACAUUGGGAGUCCCUUGGACAUCUUCUUCAUCCCGGUGACUGCAUGCAGCAAUUGCUUGAGCAAGUCAGGCGUCAUAAAGUGAACGUCGAUGGCAAUGUUUGUGCUGUGAUGGUAACCACUUUGGUUCUUGAGGGGUGGCAGCGGAAGCUCGAUCCAGAAUAUGAUGUGAUGCACACAUUGCAGACAUUACUAUUUCGAGUUGACUGGGUGGACUCUCUUGUUUACACUAUUGAAGGACUCAUGGCCCCCUAAAAGGUGCCGACCUGUUUAUCUUGUAUAUUUAUAUUAAUUUCUUGUUUGGCACUGAUUGAAUAAAAAAAUAAAAAGAGGUACAGAUUGAAGUCCUGAAGAUAACUGAUUAUCUCCCAAUUUUGGUAAUAUCACUAGGAGCUUGUUGUUUUGCUCUCUUUUUUUCCCCCUUUUUCUUUUUUACUAUAACUUUUUACUUGUUGCAGUAACUUAUGCCUCUCAUUGUAAAAGAAUAAUCAUUUUUUGAAAAAAAAGAAAAAAGAAAAAAAGGAAUUGAGAUAUA